AUGUCAGUUUUAGAUACCUUAUCUAAUGAAUGCAUAAAUUUAUAUUAUUUACGAUUUCUCCAAGACGUUAAUGCUAAGUCCCAAUUUAGUGCAACGUUUAAUAUUGAAGCUAUUCAGCAGAAAAAAGCUAUAGAUGAGGAUAAUCAAGCUUCUAAUGAUUCUGAUGACGAAUACGAGCAUGUUCCAUUUGAAAAUAACAGAAAGGAGCGUCUCAAGUACGCUUUCACAAAGAUAUGGCCUGUAGUUUGUGCUCAGUUUUUGUGCUUUAGUGUUACGUAUUCCAUUUUUCCUGGUAUCACAUGCCGCGUUAUUUCAGUUCAUAAGAGAAAUAACAGUAUGUUAACAGGUGUCUUAUUCGUACCAGUGGCAUGCUUUUUGUUAUUUGCUAUAUCCAAUUUUGUUGGUCGAUUUAUCUCCAAGUUAAUACAAUUGGAAAUAUCUAGAUCAAGCAAGCUAAUUCAUGAUAUGCCUGACUAUUAA